AUGAUCCCCCUCGCGGGCAAACACGCCGUCGUCGUCGGAGCCACCGGCACAAUAGGUGCCCACAUAGCCCAGGCCUUCGCCGCCCAGGGAGCAGUCGUAUCUCUCCUCGGCAGGACGGCCCUCCAAGCCCGAGCCAAACUAGAGCCCCAGCUCACACCCUACACUGCAUCACACGGCCAAAAUUCGCCAUCCGACACGCCCACUAGCCACCGCUUCAUAAGGCUAGACGUCGCCGACAGGGCGAGCAUAAAGCAUGUUUUUGGCCCUCGUGCCUCCCAACAGCACGCCGAGGCGGUUGGGCCGCUGGAUGUCCUCGUCAACUGCGCGGGUAUUUCUCAGACUACGCUUUUGAAGAGGACGCCUGAUGAAGAGCUCGCCAGUAUACUUGAUACGAAUCUGCUGUCCACCAUGCUUGUGUGUAAGCACGCCAGCGUUCGGCCAAACGGUGAGGACGCAAACCCGCCACGAGUACAAUGCAGCAGCACACGCGUCGUGCGAGUUCUAAUGAAAAAGGCAGGCUGCAUCAUCAACGUCUCCAGCUUGAUGGCUACGAAGUCCGGCCUUGGUGUUACUGCGUAUUCCGCUUCCAAGGCAGGCGUAGUGGCUUUCACCCGUGCUCUGUGCAGGGAAAUGGCCGCCAGAUCUAUCCGUGUAAACGCUCUCCUACCGGGCUGGGUCCAGAGCUCCAUGUGGGAUCUCAAUGAUGCCUCCCUUUUAGAUCUGAAACCAGAGCUGCAACAGGCGUAUUUAAAAGAUACGCCGCUUAACCGCGUAGCCCAUCCUGCUGAGGUAGCGGAUGCCGCGGUUUUCUUGGCUUCCAAUGGAUUUGCUAAUAAUUGUGUUCUCAACCUCGAUGGUGGGUUGAGUGCCGCGUGA